AUGACCGAAACUGUUGUACGGUGUAGAGAACUCAGCAAAAGUGGAGACUAUACAACAAUUUCAGCUGAAACGCUGCCUACCCAUGUGCUUCCGUUUCCUGAUGGGGGCAAGUACAUUGGGGAGUACAAGGUUUUUGAGACUGGCCAGCGCGCCUACCACGGAAAAGGAAGCUACAAAAACGGUGGGUACAAAUGCAUCGGGGAAUGGCGGGAGGGGCAGUUUGUGCGGGGAACGAUACACUUUCCAACGGGAGACAUCUACGAAGGCCAAGUGGACAACGGGGCGUUCCACGGCUGGGGCCGGUACACCUGGGCGGACGGCGAGCAGUUCUACGAAGGUGCAUGGGACGGCGGCCUGAUGGACGGUUGGGGAACCUUGCGCGUGAGAACGACUUCACGAGAGGGACUAAUUCCUGGCGACGACCAGAAACACUCAAACUCGAGCUCUUCACCCUACCGCGAUGUUGCCGGGUUCUUCUGUCGCGGCAGCUUCCAUCAGGCUCCAAAGUUCCAAUUGAUUGCCCAAGAUGAAUUCUCUAAGCGGUACGUCGCACAGUGGUGUGACGCAGCCCUAAACGCGUUACGGGACCUCGAUGCUGCCCUCCAGCAAGGCAUGGAUAUUUCCUGCUACCUCGCUGCAACAGCAGUGGGAGCCACUGGUUGUACGGUGAACUCGUUGAGCGGAGCAUCGUCAAAAGGCCCUGCAAGAGUGAGUGCAGAAGGAAGCUUUUCUACUGAGACAGACUCCCGCGGCAGAAGUCAGAAAAAAGUAAGCACCCGUGCUACGGCUAAAGGGCUUCCAGGAAAACAGGGGUCUUCUUCCAGCGCGGGACAUGAUUUAAAGCAUCAUUACAGCGGGAACCCGGGAGAAUACGGUGCAGACAAAUUCGUCUUGCCCCCUUACCCACUGGCAGCUGACCUGCAUACGGAGGGAAUAUCUCGACUAGUGAACCAUGUGCGUGGAGAACUCGGAACUCCUGCUGGACUAUAUGAAGUGCAAGUUCCCCUAGCUGAGGCAGAUCUCUACCAGUUGGUAACAGUCGAUCCUGUGCGCGUUUCGUCACAGGGAAGGAAAUUUGGCGCGGGAUCCGGGCAGAUUGUGGAACUGACGGUACACUUGGAUGGAUCGAGUUCUCUGGUUGCUUCCAUCGCGCUAGUGAACUGUAACGAUAUGAUGUCUAGUACCACGGCAGCCCGUUUCCGAGUAGUAGGGUUAUCGUUACCCUCGCCACAGCAGCUGCGCAGACUAAAGUGA